AUGGGCAACAAACCAAGCGCGGUGGAGAGCUGCUUAAUCUCUGCAGUAGGAAACGACAAGAGCCUGGUAGCAGGACAAUCCACAAUCGGAUACCAGCUGUCGCACGUAAAGCCGUACAAUCUCGAUAUCCCUGUGAAUCCCUCCGCGGUCACGUACCCCAGGUCGUCGGAGCAAGUCGCCGCUAUCGUCAAAUGCGCCGUCGACAACAGCAUCAAAGUGCAACCCCGCUGUGGUGGGCACAGCUAUGCGAAUUAUGGUAUUGGCGGUGAGGAUGGCUCCAUCGUCGUGGAUAUGAAGAACUUCCAGCAGUUUAGCAUGGAUAAGACGUCGUGGCAAGCUACCAUCGGAGGCGGCACCCUCCUCGACGACGUUACUAAGCGCCUUCACGACAACGGCAACCGAGCCAUGGCCCAUGGCACUUGCCCACAAGUCGGCAUCGGAGGACAUGCUACCAUCGGAGGUCUCGGACCCAGUUCGCGCAUGUGGGGAUCAGCACUUGACCACGUCGAAGAAGUUGAAGUCGUGCUCGCCAACUCAUCCGUCGUCCGCGCAUCGGAGGACCAGAACGCCGAUGUAUUUUGGGCGCUCAAGGGCGCAGGAGCAGGGUUCGGCAUCAUCACCGAGUUCAAGGUCAGGACGCAGGCCGAGCCUGACAAGACGACGUUGUACAGCUAUGGUAUCCAAGCUGGCAACGCACAGGAUAAGGCGACUGCCUUCAAGAAGUGGCAGAAGCUCAUCUCGGAUCCGGAUCUCUCGCGCAAGUUUGCAUCGCAGUUCAUCAUGACGGAACUUGGCGUCGUGGUCACGGGCACGUACUUCGGUCCGCAGGAAGAAUUCGACAGCUUGAACAUCUCAAGCCGACUCCCCGACGCUGACGAGAGUGUCAUCGUGUUAGACGACUGGCUCGGUGUAGUCGGGCACUGGGCAGAAGACUUAGCCCUCGACCUCGCCGGCGGCAUCCAAUCCCACUUCUACGCCAAAUCCCUCGCGUACACCGCAGACGACCUCCUGUCCGACACCGCCGUCGACACCCUCUUCAAAUACGUCGACGAAUCCGACAAAGGCACCCUCGCCUGGUUCCUCAUCUUCGACCUCGAAGGCGGCGCCACAAACGACGUCGCGCCGGACGCCACCGCGUACGCCCACCGUAACGCGCUCUUCUACCACCAAGCCUACGCCGUCAACCUCUUCGGCGCCGUGGACGACACCAUGCGCGAUUUCCUGACUCGCUUGAACAAGGUCGUUACGGAUGCGCUGGGGCAUGAUCUUGGGGCUUAUGCGGGGUACGUGGAUCGGGCGCUGGGGGAGGAUGGGCCGAAGAUGUACUGGGGGAUAAUUUGGAGAGGUUGGAAAGGAUUAAGGGGUGGUUGA